AUGGCUACUUCCUAUGACGUGUUGCGCUCACAGAUGCUCGCGACGCGUGCAGGUCAGCCAGCUUCACUGAAUGCUAUCCCAGAUGCGUGCCUGGAACCAGGGCCCAUGAACCGGCUGUGCUUAUCAUUGCGUUCAGGGAUUCCAUCACAAGUAGACUGGGCCCUGCGAAGGUUAGCUAUGUACACAAGUGAAGCGUCAGAUAAACUCAUUUUAACGAAUUAUCCUGGCCUUGCAGAAGCGCUGGCUGAUUUUUUGCGGCGUUUGUUCCUUGCUACGCAUGGUGCAUCUCGUUCGGAGUGGGACGUGAUGCAGCGUCCACAAAACCUGAAUGGACUUAUCGUUGAUCAAGGAACAGGCGGAGAUGAUGAUGGGGGUUUUGCGGGUAUUGCUAUGGCCAGCGUAAGGUUGACACAUAAACCGCCUUCUCCCGUUGCAGCUACAGAGCCAUUCCAGCCGUUCAAAUAUAUUCGUGAUGCAGCUCUUUUGCGUCGUACCCUGGAAUCUGUGCUUAUAUUGCGUAACUUGGCACUUAGUCAAAGCAAUCUCCCAUCGAUCGCACAAGUUCCACACUUUCUCAACCACCUGUAUGGCGCCCUUGUACUUGAUACUAAAGGUGUGGCGAUGGAACAGUGCGCCGAUAUUCGCAUAAAUUUGCUCGACAUACUCGAAAAUCUCGCACCACAUCUGACUUUAAGCGAUUGGGUACGACGUCGUUUUGUUCUUAAUACUGAAAAGGAUACGACUCCUCAUUUCGUCGAAGACCGACUUUUCGUAAUUUUGUAUGACUGGAUUAACACAACUCAGGACCGGGCUCUCUUGCUCGGAUCAUUGCGAUGCAUUCGAGCAUUUGCUUCCAAUGCACAGAAUUCCCAAGUGCUUGUCGAAGUGGACAUGGCACUACAUCCCACUUCACUGGGUCUCGUCAAGCGAUGUCUUUUGCUGCUUCCACUCACACAAGAUCCAGAGCUGCUGGAAGCUGUGUUGGACCUGUUGUACCAGCUUUUGACCAUUGAUGAUAAUGCACUCAUGCUAGGCUUGGACAAUGUGCCAACGCACGCUAUUGUUCACUUCCUGGCACGGAACUUGUCUCUUGGAAAAUCAGUGUGGGAACGCGAUUCGCCUAUGAUUUCAAAUCAGCACGCAUGGUGGGCAAGUCUUGUGCCUAAUACUCAAAGAAUUCGCCAAAAUCGCGAAUGGGAACGACGUGAAAAAAUGUCUCCCAUGGAGCGGCAGCGAUGGAAAGUGCUUCCAUCAGACAUUCGCUCCCAAAUUGAGACAUUGCCUGAACCUGAGCGGGGUACACAAUGGAUGAAGACGUUAUUCGAAUACGACGCACAAGGCGAAGUCACACAGAUGGACUUUUGGAUUGCAUAUCGCGACCAAUUCACACCUAUUGCCAAUGCAGGAGGUGCGCCUCUGCAGCCAGCUGCCAACUUGAUUCGUAAUGUAUCUCAAACAUUCCCUGGUGCUGCUGCGAUGGUCAUUUCUGGUGUCGCUGGUGCUCAGUCGCGCUUUGUCAUUCGUGGCAUAGCACCACGGAUCCGUGAGAGUUUGGCCGGGCCAUCAUGUCCAUGGGUUGGGUGUCCAACGCCACAGGCACACACUUGGGCGAAUGUGCGAGAGCAUUUGGUGUCACAUGUGGCUCAUUCUUCUGAUGGUUUGUGUCGAUGCCAAGGAUGUUCCUUUGCUGCUUCGCCGAAUGACGAAGCAUCUCAGCGUGCCGAGCUGCAUUUGCAUGUGCGUACCCACUUGCCACCUGUACAUGAACAAGAUAUCAUAUAUGCCCCAUCUGCCACACCUGCUUUGGGUACACAUGAGCGCCCUGGUGUAAUUACGUUCGACGUGGAACGUACGCCAUCGAUACCGACAGCCUUGGCCGGGCAGCCACCGUUACCCUGUGGUAUUGCGUUUCUUUCGGUGCUAAUACUGCGUUAUGUCAUUCGCAUUUCGUCUAUCAUUCUGAGACGUGACGGUUAUGGGUGUCCAGACUAUACAUAUGGCGGCGCUGUUGCUUCAUCCAAACAGCCAAGUGAAAGAGACGCCAUGUUCGGAUUUCCCUUUGUCUCGUUGACUGAUGACAUCCAGGCGCAAAACGACUCCGCAGCUAACAUGGAAGACCGCUAUGCUCAAUCUGCGAUAAGAUUAAUGCAGGCAGCCACAAGUAUCGAAGAUGUGUUGGUCGAGACGUCUUUGCGGAACGAUAUUCUGUGUCGCUUAGCCAAUGAUACAUUGGUGGCGAUACGACCGGUAGCGGAUGACAAUGCUACUGCGAGUAAAGACUAUUGA